UGUGAUGUGAUGCGAUGCUCUGACAGGAGCCCAUUUUCCCCUACAUGUAGCUUACUGCUUCACUAUUACAUGCUGAGGGGGAAAAUCCAGUGCAAUACACUUGGCACCUACAAAGAUUCUGUAUUAGAUCCUAAAACAGGGGACUAGAAAAGCUGAGAUCACAUUGUUUGUUUUAUGUGAAGAUGCUCUGAUAGCCUGAAGGACUCUGCAGCCGUUUUAACGGUUAACGGUUUAAAAAAAAAAUUAAACAAAGGGCACGCGCGCCUGGCGUAUUUCCAACUGAAGAAUCCUUACCUCAGAUAAAUUCAACGUGAUGUCAUCGGCGAAACACGGUCAUGAGGAGGCAGCAGGAAAGCAGCCCAUGACUCAACCACUGAACCAAAUGCCUCCUCCACCUUACCUGUCGCAGGACCCCAACAUGCCUCCUCCACCUGGCUGCGGCCCCCAGCCUAAUUACCCUCCUCCUCCUCCUCCGCCUGGCUCUGAAGGGUAUUUACAGGAGACACACUUCCCUUCUGGAAACCCUCCAAGUCAUGCAGCUCCUAACGGUUACACGGUCCAGACGCACGGGCCCGGUGGCUCGGUGCCUCAUCCCCCCAUGGGUUACCUGCAGCUCGGAUAUCCACUCCAACUGCAGCCCUGCGCUGCUUACGUACCUGUGUAUCCCAUUGGAACAGGGGGACAGCCUUACAUGCCUAAUGGUACACCCCAUGCAGGUGUUGCGCCAGGGCAGGUGCCAAUGCAAAUGCCCCCUGGAGUUGCUCUAAUGGAGCCACGGCGGCCCCCUCACGAUUACCUGCCCAUCGCUGUGCUCACCACCAUCUGCUGCUUCUGGCCCACAGGCAUCAUCGCCAUCAUCAAAGCCGUGCAGGUGCGUACAGCUAUCGCUCGGGGUGACAUGGUGUCGGCAGAGAUCGCGUCACGUGAGGCACGUAACUUCUCCUUCAUCAGCCUGGCGGUGGGCAUCGCCUCCAUCGUGCUCUGCACCAUCCUCACAGUGGUGGUGAUCAUCGCCUCGCAGCACCACGACGAAGACUGGGAACCGUAAAAACUCGUCCUACAACCCACACCACGCUACGGACUGAAGGCAGUACAGCCGGUAUUCUGCUCAUAGCGCUCCCUGAUCAUCACACAUCGCACUCACUGCUACAGUCACUCACAAACCUAAAGCGAAUAAUCAUUUGCUACUGUGUUAGCUUACAGGCACAGAUUUACAUUCUUAAAUAAUCGCUGAUGGGAACUGGGAACAAAUCACUCCCAUGGUUUCUAAUGCGUUUAGCUAAUCACUUCAGUAAUCUCCAAGCAAACUCGUCUUACGUAUUGGUUACACACCGUGUUUGUGUUCAGUCCAUUCUGUCAUCGAUUCGUGCCAUUAAUCUGUUUAGGUACAGUGUCGUACAAUAGAAGUAAAGCAUUUCCUGACGCUGACGGAAAUGAUUAUGUCAAGCAAUCUGCUAUUAUUUACUCGUAUUGUAAGAUAAAAGUGUUAGGUACUGUAGCUAAGCAGAAGCGAUAAUCAUUCUUUACUCGGUUGAAUAACAAUAGAGUAGACUUUUACUACAGUCAGUGUAAAAAGAUGUAUAAGUUUAUUAAGUAGAAUAUGGAUCUUUGCUGACGGAAAUUAUUCUGUUUUACACACUCGGUGGAAUGUUAUGACGGCUACAAAUAUUUUUCGCGCUCAAAGUGUUUCUGCCUCAUGGCAAACUAGGAAAGAUAUAUUAUUAUUAUUGUGUGGCAAUGUUACUUUAUGUAAUGUAUUAUACAUUAUUUAUUAAUUUGUUUGUGCAUUCAUCUAAGUAUUUAUUACUAUUAUUAUUAUUAUUAUUCUCAUUAUUCAAUAUUUAUUAAUCUAUUUAGCCAUAGCUUUAUUGUUGAACUGAACUGAAUUAUUUUUAUUGUUUAACGAUUACAUACGAUCAUUACGGAUUGCACAACUUCAUAUCGCAGCGUAUUUUUAGCCGAGCAUGUUGCUACACGCACUUUUAUACACUGUGAGGGUGUAAAUGCUGCUGCCUUCCUUCUGGUUUGUUUGCCAGGUGUGAACAGUUAACAGGAUUUAAGGGUAAGUUAAAAAAAAAAAGAAA